UCCAGGGCCAAUGUUUUUCUACGCAAAUUUCCACCUGCGAGUUGGCUCUCUCAUUGGUUGAAACCACAGUCAGAUUCCUGCACAACAUUAUCUGAUUGAAAAUCAGGGAGGGGAGCAAAAGGAAGAGAGCAGCAAGUGUGAUGUCUUACAGUGGUUUGGAUUCGGACUUUUGCGAAAGGAUUUUAGGAAAUAUUUAUUCUUCGACAGAUUGGAUGAUGUUUUAAGACUGGGGAAAUAAUUAACCUAGCCUAUUUAAUAAGAGCACUAUCCUCCCUACUUCUUAUAAACAAACGCGUUGUCAUGCCACGAUCCUUUUUGGUGAAAAACAAGAGGUGCGCAUCUUACAAUGUGCACCGCUCUCAUGAAGACGAAGUCGAACCGAAGGAACCUGAAUUUACAAGUGUGAUCUCUUCAGAACCACAGAGUCCAGCGUCUCCAGUCAGGCCUCAGUCAGUGGGUCAGCCCUCCCUUCCUGAACCAGACCCCUAUUCUUAUAUCAAACAUGAGCAGGAGCCUGAACGCCCAGUCCCCUCUUACCUUAAGCCAACAGGACAGCCGGUUGCCCCUGCUCCACGACCAUACUACUUAUCAGAGGCUCACAUGGCAGAGUUCCCUCCCUUCUACAAACCCUCCUAUGCCUGGGACUCUUUACCUGCGCCCUAUGACCUCCGUCAGAUGGGCUCCCCCCCCUACCUCCUGCAGCACGCCAGCAGCCUGUACGGGGCUCAAGUCAGCCACAGCCCUGAGCCACAGCAACCUCUAGACUGCAGCACACACUACUCCCUCACCUCUGACACUUAUCACUGCAUUACCUGUGACAAGGUGUUCUCAACCCCUCAUGGUCUCGAGGUUCAUGUCAGACGCUCCCACAGCGGGACCAGACCAUUUGGCUGCAACAUCUGCAGGAAAACCUUUGGCCACGGCGUCAGUCUGGAGCAACACAUGAACGUCCACUCACAGGAAAGAAGUUUUGAAUGCAAGAUGUGUGGAAAGACAUUCAAGCGCUCCUCCACCCUCUCCACCCAUCUACUCAUCCACUCAGACACCAGGCCCUACCCCUGUCAGUACUGUGGAAAGAGGUUCCACCAGAAGUCAGACAUGAAGAAACACACCUACAUCCACACAGGUGAGAAGCCCCACAAAUGCCAGGUGUGUGGCAAGGCGUUCAGCCAGAGCUCUAACCUCAUCACACACAGUCGUAAACACACAGGCUUCAAGCCCUUCGGCUGUGAGAUCUGUGCCAAGGGCUUCCAACGCAAGGUGGACCUCCGCAGACACCAUGAGAGCCAACAUGGCCUGAAGUGAAGCGGUUGAAAACAAUGGAUGGAGAAGAGGAGGAGGAAAACGUGCCUUAUGCCCUUAGCAUAGCAAUAUAGCAAAGAAAGAAAAAGAAAGACCAAACUUGAUGUCUUUUCGUGGUGGGCAAUCAUGACACAAAAAUGGCCCCUACGGACACAAGAAUUGUAUAGUAUUGAAUAUUAUCCUUCUUGUGAAAAUGCAUUUUUAAGUCAAUCAGAGCUGGCAGAAAUAAGAAAUAAGACAAUGCAAAUUAUGAAGGUACUUAAGUAUUUGCUAUCACUUAAGGAGAAACAGUAGCCUGACUGACACGACCCAUGUGACUACACAACGAGGAAAAGGACUUUGAAAGCUGGUGUCAGCCAGACUAGAGGAACAAUGCUUUGGAAUAAAAUGGAAUUCAACUGAUAUGCAUCCUUUGGGUGCAUUAUGAGCUUGUAGACUUAUCACAGAGGCCUUUGAAGUCAAUUGUGAAGAGAGAUAGGUCUCGUGAUUUUGUUGCAGAAUGUAUUUAAGAAGAAGCAUUAUAUGUUCACAAACAGUAUGUGCGCCAUUCAUAUUUAUAAAUUAAUCUUAUGUCAAAUAAAAUGAAGCAAUGGUAUGUAUGAAUGAACAAAUGCUCUCCAAAUAAACUGUGAGAUGUUAUUAUAAA